AUGAAGUCUCUAAAAGUGCUGCUCUAUGAUUUCUAUUUUCUGCAGUCACAUCAGCUGGGGUGUUACUCGAAGUACCCAACUUUGGCUAAUACUACAUUGGAAGAUUGGGACACUAUAUUCAAUAUCAAUACAAGAGGAACCUUCUUAUGUUGUCGAGAGGCUGCUAAUCGGUUGACACGUAACGGCGGCGGUCGGAUUAUAACGGUAUCAUCGUCUGUGGUUGGUCGGAAUCCGCCGGGAUUUGGUGCAUAUGCUGCUUCAAAGGCUGCGGUGGAAACUAUGACAAAGAUUCUAGCUAAGGAACUUAAGGGUACAACAAUAACUGCAAACUCUGUGGCGCCUGGAGCUACAGCCACGGAUUUGUUUUUCACCGGAAGAAGUGAGGAG